GUUUGUUUACAAAAUAAAAUGCUCACAAACUAAUCUGACUCGUUUGCUUUAUUUUGUGGAAUUUAAUAUCUGUUGUGAAGUAAAAUAAAAAGAAUGAUCAAGUUAGUUUAAUUAGUUUAACCAAAGAGCCCACAAAUAACCAAAAUAAAAUAUGGAAACAAGCGACGAUGAAAUUAUAAUUCGAUAUACCGAACAAAAUGAAAGAGAGUUGAUUGAACGGAAAAAACAUGAAUUAAUUUUACGGAAAUACCGACUGAACACACAACGACUUAUCAAAGAAUACCAAACGAAAAUCCAACAGCAAAACCGUCAAAUUGAAAUGUUAAUGAAAGAGGUGAAGAGGCAAAAGUUUAUAAUUGACACAUUUGCAAAUGUAAACAUGGAGACUGUGGACAUCUCAACACAAUCAGAACGGUCAAAUGAGAAUGCAAAAAUUGAAAUCGAUUCUGAGUUAGAAGCAAUUUUCUAUUCAAAUAACAAAACAAAACAAUCAGACCGUGAAAAUGCAAAUGAAAAACAUGUAAAUUUAUGCAACUCUCCAAGUCAACGUGAGAGAUUAGACACCAAAACAAUGGGACAUAAAAUCGAACGAAUUGAUAUCGAACGAAAAAAGUCAUCGCUUGUAUCCAUUGAAAUUCAGCCAAAUAUACAGCCCAAAAUUAACAGUUCAACAAAUGUAUACAUCUGUGAUGAGUGCAAUAAAGCGAUGUCUUCAAGGAGAGUGUUAGCGAAACACAAGCGUAUGGUUCACUGUUUACAAAAGGAAUUCAUUUGUGACCAUUGUUCGAAAGCAUUUUGCACAAGGGACGGUUUAAAAAGGCAUCUUAGAAUACAUACAGGUGAAAAACCAUUUGUUUGUCGAGGAUGUCAAAAGGGAUUUAAUCAAUCGGGAAAUAUGCGAAUUCAUGAAAAAACCUGCAAAAAGUACUUAAGACUAAAUGGAUAAUAUCUUACCAAAUACGAGAUUACUUUCAAUUGUUUCGACCUUUUGAUGUAGUCGAUUGCUAUAAAAAGACAUUUUGAAAUAAAGAUUCAAAUAAAUAGAAUUU